AUGGCGGACACCAAGGCGACUGGCUCCCAGGCCCCGCGGGAGAAGCUGGAAGCCCAGGUCAAGUCUGCCGAUAUGACCGAGGAGAUGCAAACUGAGGUUAUCGAAGUCGCCCAGGAAGCCAUGGUCAAGUUCAGCAUUGAGAAGGACAUCGCGCAGCACAUCAAGAAGACCUUCGACGACCGAAAGGGGCCUACUUGGCACUGCAUCGUGGGACGAAACUUUGGUAGCUUUGUCACUCAUGAAACUAAGCAUUUCAUCUACUUCUACCUCGGUCACUGCGCGAUUCUCCUGUUCAAGACCCAGUAG